AUGCUGUAAAUGUGACGGAAACAUCAAUAUUUAAAUAAUUUUUACUGUCUCAUGUAGGUAAACAUUAUUUGAAUAUCUUUUUGAUUUUUACAUUAGUAACUGUGAAUAAGAUAUCAAUUUUCGACUACUGUCAAACAACUGUCUAUCAUAAUAUUCAUUACAAGUCUGAUAUUGAUACUUAAGUAGACAUAAAAUAGCUUCUGAAGGGUUUCUUGUUUAUUUGAGACAUUUACUUAAUUAGGUAUAUUAGGAUGUAAGCAGUAGCGCCGUUGACGUAGGGUUUAGGUGAUCGAAGGCUAUCACUGUGUCAGCUAUUAGCAAUUAGAAGGUCUCACUCGAUAUAUGCGCACAUAUAAAGGACUUGUUGGGGGUAGCGAAAUAUCUAAGUGCGUGAAUCAAGUCAUCGUGAAUAGGGGUGGUUGGUGGUGGUGGUGAUGUUGUUGAUAGUUCCUCAAAUAACCGACGUUGUGGCGCUGCGACCUUUGGGAAGUCGACAGUUCGCUAUCACGCAGCGACUCGGUCGGAACUCUCGAGUCACGUUGUGGUGUUGUCCCCCUACCCUCGAUAUCACUGGACCCUCCACGAGUUCGGAGCCCCGUCUCGCGAUGACGGGUGACUCCUCGUUAAAAUCAUUGUGCUAGUGUGUUUAUCGACACGCCGAAGAAUUAUCUCUUCAUUUCGAACAAUCGAUAGUGAGAAAAAUUCUUUAGAGAUCUCAAAUAUCUUCUUACAUGACGAAUACGAAAAUAAAUUAGCGAACAUAAAAUCUAGUCUUCCGCUGAUGAGAGAUUAGAAAUUUUUUAUUCUUUCCCCAGAGAGCACGUGAUCUGAUGAUUAUCAAGAUGCACUUUUGCUUCCAUUUUUGCAUAAACAUUUACAAUAAUUAUCAAUCUUACAACUAAUCAAUAAUUCGUACAAUUAUUUUCGUACCAUUUCUAAAGAGUUUGAAAAAUAUGUAUUUAUAAGUAUCUCGAAAAUUGAUCCUUCGAAGGCGCAGCUCUGACCUACCUGAGCAAGGUGUGUACAUAGGAGAUUUGGAUUCCCAUCAAUCGACAAGUGAUUUUUUUUAUUUUCUCUCCUACGAAAUGUUUCAAUUCUUUUUGGAAGUUUUCACACCUGUGAUUAUAAGAACCAAAACAUGACCACAAGACUGAUCAAUUUCCAAAUUCUUUCGUAAAUUUCUUGAGAAUGUCUAAAAUACUGCAGGGGGUUUUUUAAAAACCUUCAAGAGGGGUUUCUUCAAAAAUUAAAUAAAUUUCAAAUAUGAGUGGAACUGAUAAUGGAAGAAAAGUGGAAGGAAAUCUGAAAAGUAUUGAAUUGGAUAAAAAUAGUAAAUUCCCCCAAAGUCACCACUUGUUUUUCGAUUAAAACCUCAUUCGUAAGUUCAUUUAUCGUCCUGCGGUUUUGUAAUCGGUUUUUUUUCGAAACGGAAACAAAAGUUCCUUGGACUAUCUUGAAAAGUGAGUGAGAAAAAAAGUAGAGUGAAAUUUAAAAAAAGUUGUAGAAAAGUGAUAAAUCCACAAAGUGUAUUGAUUGGUGAUCCUUCUAUUUAGUGUAAAAAUCGAUGUUGUGUUUUUUUUUGUCUGUGAGAGUUCGGGUCAGCGUGAAAACCACUUCAUGAGACUGAAGGAAACUUGGCUCUGAAUUGUUUGCAUCCAGAGGGAGAAUGAUGAAUAGUUGUGUUGCGUGAAAACAAGCGCUUCCGAGGUGAUUGCCCACCGUUAUUAUACGAAGAAAAUGUCGACCUGAAAAUAAGGUUGAAGAACACAGUGAUCAGUUUUUAUUAUGUGAGUGAAGUGGAAUCAUCUAAAAAGAAAUCAAGAUGACAACAAACAUCUCAACAACUUGGAUCAUUCUUGCUACCACAUUGGCUGUAAUAAUUGAAGCAGUCAAUUGCUACAGUAUGCUGCACGGGAGUAGUGGUAAAAAUGGAGAAACUUUCCCAAAUACAAUUGAAGAAGCAGCACGAUUGGGGCCCUAUAUCGACAAGUCAGCAUCGAAAAACGUGACAGCUCUAUUGGGAAAGACGACGUACCUAAAUUGCCGCGUCAAAAAUAUAAACAACAAAACGAUGAGCUUACAAGUUUCAUGGGUGAGGUAUAGGGAUAUCCACCUACUUACCAUCGGACAAUAUACCUACACGAAUGAUCAACGAUUUCGUGCAAUUCACAAUUUGCGUUCGGACGAUUGGACGCUUCAAAUAAAAUAUCCCCAACAUCGAGACAGCGGACUUUAUGAAUGUCAGGUCUCAACAACUCCACACAUGAGCCAUUUUGUGCACCUGAACGUCGUUGAACCGACGACUGAAAUCCUCGGAGGACCUGAUCUGUAUAUUGAUCGUGGUAGUACGAUCAAUCUUACUUGCAUCGUUCUUCAAAGUCCAGAGCCACCAGCAUACAUCUUUUGGAAUCACAAUAAUGCGAUAAUCAGCUACGAUUCGACGAGGGGUGGCGUUUCCGUAGUGACGGAGAAAGGUGACAGCACCACGAGCUUCCUAUUGGUGCAAAGAGCCAAACCGUCAGACUCAGGUCGAUAUACAUGUAAUCCAAGUAAUGCUCAACCGAAGUCGAUCACCGUUCACGUACUCAAUGGAGAGUAUCCUGCGGCAAUGCAACACGGUGGUCAAGCAAAACAACCGAGGCUCUACUCACUCCUCCUCUGUCUAUGUCUACUUCUUUACUAAUCGAACCUCGAUCAUAUCAAUCUAUCGAGUUAUCACGAGUCAUCCUCAAAAAAAAAGAAAACGAGAAGAGAGCCUUCUGUACGCCACGUUUUUUAUACUUCAACUUUUCACCUCAAACAAUCAUCUCUUUAGUUAUCAUUUACUUUUCGCAUUUUUUUUAUUUCUUCAACAAAAAGGAAGAAACAUACGGGAAAGAAAAUAUAAAAGUGAAGAAAAAGGUAAAAUAUAUAUAUAUAUCAAUGUGAAGGAAGAAGCCCUUUAGCGACGAUUUAUUUCUUGCAUUGAAACACAAUUGUAAGCUCGAAUCUUAUAAACUGCCGUUAAGUCACUGUCAUGAGCAGCCGUGAGCUAUAGGAAUGGACUCUUGUCAUAUUCGAUUCACAAUGGCUAUUGUCAGUGUUACCAUGGUCAUGAGAAAUUCCCCGGGAAAUUCCAAAUUCCAAACCAAUGAUUUACACUUAGAUGCCAACGCCUUUGUCAUUCGGCAAUGUCAGUGUGAAUCGAGUUGAGAGUUCCCCUUUGAUGUGAUCAUCUGUAUAUUCAAGUAAUCCAACGUAAAGACACAUUCUCUUUUAAAAAAUUCUUCCUCUAAAUAAAUUGAAUCUAAAUUAAACAAGUUUUAUCUCAAAAAUUUACAAUAUAAUUUACCGUCACUACAUUUUCAAAAUUUAAUGUCUCCUAAUUCCUCACCAAAGAAUUUUUUUUUAAAUCCCCGUACGUUUAAUUUUCAUUAUAACUUUAAACUAGUCUCAUUUCACGUUCAUUAUCCACUAGAAAUUUGAAUUUCCAAUUUUAGUUUCAAUUUAGAGUGAAAUUUAAAUUGCCAAAAUUUACAGCGGUAAAUAUUGUACAGUUAUAGUAUAGAAUGUACGGUAUUUAAUAAUUUUCGAAAAGUUAAACUGAAUUUCCCACUUUUUAAAUAAAUAACUAAAAUGUUAUGCUUUAAAUGUUGAAGAAAUUUUUUUCUCCAGAUGGAAAUAAUUUUUGAUGAUAUUCGGAAAUAAUGUGAUUAAAAAGGGAGAAAAAUAUGAUGAAAAUUGUUAUGUCUGGGGAAAAUUGCAUGUUACCUUAUUUCUCAGAUUUCAAUACGCGUUCAUUGAUGGUUUAAUAAAAAACCAGUUGAAAUAGCUCGAGUGAACGAUUUUAGAAUAUAGGAAAUCUCAUGCAGACAAAAUAUACCCGCGGACAAUUUGUAAUAUAAAAUGCACAUCGUUUCGAUUUCAAAUGCAGAUAUUGCUUCCGGUAAAUUCCCCUCGCCCUAACUAUUAACGUCCAUUGCUAUUUUGUAAAAAAAAGGAGAGGAAUCGAAUCGCUUAUUAUCCUCAAUCUUCUAUUCUAAUUUUAUUUACUAUUUUUUGCAAAUUAUUCAAAAAUACAAAUUUUUCCUGAUGUUAUUAGUCUUAUAUUGAAAUAAAAGAAUACAAAUUUACAAUAAAAAAUAUUAUAAAAAAAAUUACAGACAUUUUUGUAAAGUGCUUUUUCUUGGAAGAGCUUCGCGACACGCAAUACAUAGGGUGCAAAAUUGAAUCUGGAACAAAAUAGAAAUUUUUUAUUAUGUUCGUCCUUCAUAGAUGGAAUGAGACUGGCGUCUUGCUUCGUUGGUGUCCCCUAUUUAAUGGUAGAGGACGCGUGGUGGGAGAAGCGGUUCCCCCACCACGCGCGGGGACUGACCAAUGCGGAGCGCGGAGAGGUAGGGAAGGGGAAGCUCACGCCUGGUGGGGGGUCGCUUCUCACUCGAUAUUUAAAGCGAGGAAUCUUUUUUCAUUAAAAAAAGAGGCGGAGAGAAAAAAGAUCAUGUAUAGAAACAAAAAAAAAAUAAUUACCUCUCUAGAAGGAUUAUCAACGAAUUAUAAACUUUUAUAUAAGCAGAUUUCUUAUACGGUUCAUAUCGGAAAAUAUUUUCUCCUCUUUUUUUUAUCAACUCGAUGAAGAAAAACAAUAAUUACUGUAAAAUCAAUUGUAGAAUAAAUUUUUUUUCCUCUUAAUCCGUUAAGCAUUAUAUUUUCAAACAAAAAUUGUCCAUUGUGACAAACUUAAGGAUUUUUUUUCUCUUUUUUUUAACUUGGGGGAAAAAUUGGAAUUAUAAAAUAGCAUGAAAUUCAAUUGACAGGGGAAAUUAAGUGAAUAAAAUAGAUCUGAGGAUCUUUAUAUUAUUUCACGUUCUCAUAACAAUAGUAUUCAUAAAGUAGUCAUUUUGUGUGAAAUAAAGCAUAUUCUAGAAAUCAAUUUCAUCAUGAAGAAGUAUCUUUAGUUUAACAAACUCAAUGUUCUCUUUUCGAGUGAAACGAACGACAUUUCCUGGCACAACAUAUCAUAUAUAGAUACGUGUACUGAAAUGUCAUUUCUGCAAAAUCAAGUUCUUUUUCUACUUAACGAUUUUGUCGAGUGUAUCAAUUUACCAGAUGGCGGAGAUAAUAUCACAAAAAACUUUUUUCUUCAGUAAAUAUUAAUUUUUUUUUUUAAUAUUAAAUAAAUGAAGACUUGCAUCCUAUGUUUUUUCUCAAUAUUCUAUUUUCUUUAACAUUAGAAUAUAAAAUAUACUUUCGAAAUUUUCAAAAGUAAAAAGUUUUCUUUCUUUUUAUUUAAAAAAAAGGUUUUUGGAAAAAAA